AUUGUAUUUUGCUGGAUGAUUUGGGGGCUUUUCAGGAACGACGGGACAGAGUUCGGCGGGUCCAUUUACCAGAAGGUGAACAGCAAUCUUGAGAUGGCAAUCAACCUGUCCUGGACCGCUGGCAGCAACAACACACGCUUUGAGAUUGGAGCCAAAAAGCAGCUGGAUAAGAACACCUUCCUUUCUACCAAAGUGAACAACGCCUGUAUGGUUGGAGUAGGCUACACGCAAACCCUCAGACCAGGAGUGAAACUCACCCUCUCAGGUCUGGUUGAUGGGAAGAACUUCAACAGUGGAGGGCACAAGGUCGGCGUGGGUUUCGAACUCGAAGCAUAAGAGUCUUAAGAAGGCUGACGAAAAAAGCAAGAGAA